UAAAACGGACUUCGUCUGUUUCCACUCGACUCUGUGGAGUUUAUACCGAUCACUUUUUGCAAAGACAGCAAAGCCUUUAUGUUCAAUGUGAAUACUCUAGCUUCGUAGUUUAGGCAGUAAUGUGUUUGUAUACGAUCAGAUUGGGGCAUGACGUUUCUUAAUAAUGGAAAGACGUUGAAGACUCGUGUUUUCAUGUUAGCAUUUACACUAGCAAGCUAACACUAGUCGGUCUAUUAAGUUAAUCAAAGUGUUACCAAUUAUGAGUUUUUGAUUUAACACGGUUAUACUAUCAGUCGGGAGUUAAACAUCGGUUAUCACACAGUUUAUGUGAAUGGAGUACAAACGCCCGCAGCUGCUAAAAGUUUAAAUCGACGCAAAAUACUUACUGCGCGUUCGGUAAUUGACGUAUCGUAUAUCGGCGACUUUAAUUUACAGGGUUAGGAAGAGCUUUUUCCACGGUUAAACAUGCCCAGUUGUGCAGCCUGGGGCUGCUUCACUCGCCAGAAAAGUGGGAAGCAUAUGCAUCGUUUUCCUCGCGACCCUGUAAGGAGAAAAGUAUGGGAAGUAAAGGUGCGCCGGGACGGCUGGAGACCCAAUAACUACAGCCUCUUGUGCGAGGAUCAUUUUGAUGAGACACAAUACGAGCAACGUAGAGCUGAUGGCCUGAAGAAGUUGAAACCAAAUGCUGUGCCAACACUGUUCGCAUUCACUACAAAGAUUGUGAAGCCUAGAAGACUUCUGAAGAGAAACAGAGUGGAUGCAUCACCACCUCCUCCGUCAAAGAGGAUACGAAUGGAACACUCAUAUUAUCAGCAAUCUCUUCUUACUGGCACUCGAGAGAAGCCAAUUCAUCUUAGUGAAGAUGGUAUUCAGGAGAAGCCAGUUCAUCGUAGUGAAGAUGAGAAGCCAAUUUAUCGUUGGAAAAAUGGCACUCGGAAGAAGCCAAUUCGUCUUAGUGAAGAUGGUACUCGGGAGAAACAAAUUUAUCACAGAGAAAAUGGUUCUUGGGAGAAGCCAAUUCAACGUAGUGAAGAUGAUAAUCGGGAGAAGGUAAUUCACCGUAGUGAAGAUGGUUCUCUGGAGAAGCUAAUUCACCGUAGUGAAGAUGGUCGUCUGGAGAAGCCAAUUCAUCGUAGUGAAGAUGGGACUCUGGAGAAGCUAAUUCAUCGUAUUGAAGAUGGUAAUCGAAAGAAGCUAAUUCACCAUCGUGAAGAUGGUACUCUGGAGAACCUAAUGCAUCAUAGUGACGAUGGUAAUCGGGAGAAGCUAAUUCACCAUAGUGACUGUGAAGACGGUAAUCGGGAGAAACUAAUUCACCGUAGUGACGGUGAAGAUGGUAAUCGGGAGAAGCCAAUUCACCAUAGUGAAUAUGGUAAUGGGGAGAAGCCAAUUCAUCGGAGUGAAAAUGAUGACACACCCGAUAGUCCAGAUGAGACCAUACACACCUUUGCACCAUGUUCUCCGAAGAGCGCACCAGGUGUCGCAGAGAGUUCAUUAGUCUCUGCAGAAAGUACAUCACGUUCUGCUGAGAGCCGCAACGAGAGACUGAAAAAAAUGACUACCGAGAUAUCAAGACUGAAAAAGCUUUUGGCUAAGGAAAGAAGGGAGAAAAGGAAACUUCUUCAACAGCAAAGUAAUCUAGAGGUGAACAUUUCUAAAGUUUUCAACAGAGAUCAGCUUGGUAAACUCAAACAAGCAAGUCCACGAGGAAUGAAAUGGUCUGCUGAAACCAUCAAAAAAGGGCUCCAAUUAAAAGUUGCAUGUGGAGCUACUGGAUACGAGGCGCUCCUCUCUCAAAAUCUGCCAUUGCCAUCAGCAAGGUCAUUGAGAAGAAGACUGCAUGAAAGUAGGAGUGAAGUGCAUCAAAUACACACACAGAAUUGCCCCCAAAUUAUACUUUGACAAAAUAAAAGCAUAUUUGUAAGUUUGUUACUAUAGUUAGACUUAUUAUUUUGGUUUAUUUUGUCAGAAAAACUAACGUUAGACUGACCGUAAUUUCUAUAUCAUAUUACCCAAGCCUGUUGAUUAUUUGACUGAACUCUAGAUACGCUAUGAUUGAACACUACACCGAGAGUAAUUUGGAACGCUACUAGUUAGACCAGGGGUGCCCAAACUUUUUCCACUGAGGGCCACAGACUGACAAAAAAAGGAUGCGAGAGGCAGUUUGGGUUUUUUCAACUUCAGAACCAGUACAAUAAAUACAUUUUUUAGAAAGUGCAAUUUCGGUAGAAAUUUUAGGUAAAUGCUGAAGAGCCAAAGCCGAACUAAAAUGCUAACAGUUCGCACGCUCGCCAGAUAGUGUUAAGUAACAAAAAAAUAUGAACAAAAUGAUCUAAAAAAAUAAAAUAGCAUGCUAAAAGUAUACCUAACAAUAGCCUGCUCACAGUUAGCUAGACUGACCAUACGUCCUAUUUUCCCCGGGGAGGCUGGCCGGGCGGGGUUUCUUAAAUGCCUCAAAUAUCCGGUAUUUUGAGUUAGGGUUGCGUGUAUUUUCAAUGUACGUCCAGGGUUAAGAUAGGGUUAAAAACAAAACAAAUUGUGAAGGUGUGCGCACGCAGCAACAUUCGUGAGGGAGGGGCAGAGACAGAGAGCGAGACAGUCGAGAGACAGACAGAACACAAGAGAGAAGCCGAAAUGUAAAUGCAACU